AUGCCUCCUAAGAAUAGAAAAUUUGAAUGUGGAAAUGAUAAACGUAAGAAAAAGAAAAAAAUUGAAGAGUUAAUUCAAUCUCAAGUAGGAGCUCUUGAUAAAUUUUUAAUCAAAGAACCACAAGUUUCAAAUGAAAGUCGUUAUGUUGAUAAUAUUGAUAGUUUGCCUAUUGAAAAUGAUAAUCUUGAUUAUGUGCCUACUGAAAAUGAUAAUCUUGAUAAUGUGCCCAUUGAAAAUGAUAAUCUUGAUAGUGUGCCCAUUGAAAAUGAUAAUCUUAAUAGUGUGCCCAUUGAAAAUGAUAAUCUUGAUAGUGUACCAAUUGUUGAUGAAGUUAAUAAUGAUGAUGAUGUCGAUGAUGUUGAUGAUGAUAAUGUUGAUUAUGAUAUAUUUGAUCCAAGAAAUUGGGAUCGUCUUAAACCUAAACAGAUUAAUUUAUUAGUUGUGAAAGGUCCUAAAAGAGAUAAUUCUAUUGUGAAGGGUCCUAGAGAUAGUUUGAAUAGACAUUUUACGGCUAAUUUGUAUACUAGAGCUUUAGCAAAUAGAGAGGUGUGUGAUAGAGAUUGGCUUGUUUAUUCGAAAGAGCUUGAUAGAGUAUUUUGUUUUUGUUGUAAAGUUUUUAAAAAUGGGAUUGUUAGGGGACAAUUAGCAAAUGAGGGUUAUAGUGAUUGGGUACAUGUUGGUGAAAGAAUUAAAGAGCACGAGUUAGGCAUGGAACAUGUUAAAAAUGUGACUACUUGGUAUGAGUAUCGCAAAAGGCUGCAAAAAAUUCAAACUAUUGAUAAAACAACUCAAAGAUUAAUUGAGAAAGAAAAGGAUCACUAG